AUGACGAUCGCGGAUGGAAUAGGCCAUGCGAACGGACCGCUCUGCCUGGGCGACCGAUUCGAAACGAAUUUAUUUUCGGACUUCCGAACUGCAUUUCCAGAGGAGUUCAAGAAACUUUGCCCGGACGGUCCCGGGCGCGGAGAGAAGGGCGAGGAUCUGAACGAAUGUGCGCUGAUCCGCGAACCGUGCUCCGGCGGCGGCAUGUGCGUCAACACCGACGGAUCCUACAGGUGCGAGUGCCCGCCAGGGUUCAUCUUGGACGCUUCACUGGUCAACUGCGUCGAUCGCAGAUCGCUGUCGAAAGCAUCGGUUGAAUCCACCACGGGCGCCAAAUACUUUGAUUAA